AAUUAUCGUAUGAAUCCCAACUUAUUGCCGAGAAAACAAGCUCUCUUUGGAAGAAAAGCUCUGAAGGGCUAUCGAUGGUGUAAGCUUAUCUAGACAAAUAACCAAACAUUAGCAUGUAAGACUGGAUUACACUAAUGGCUAUUUAGCACCAUUAUACACUCUCGAACAACCUCAUUGAGACAUUUAAUACUCACCAUUUCUAAGACUAUUUGUACACAAAAACCUGUACGAGUUGCUUGGGAAGAGAUCUACAUCACAUUCCUAUGAGUUUAUUCGACUUUUGGCAGAAGGCCAGGACGCAAAGCAUCAAAGGAAGGGUUACAAAGGCACAACAUGGCGAAUCGUAGAGGGCUGUUCUCUUCGGUGUUCAACGAAUGACUGGCUUAUUUCGAUGAAAUCUUGUUUCGAAAGAGAUGAAUUACAUAGCUAAAUCUGUAGUCUCAAACAAGUUAUCCUCCGUGGGAAAGAACUUAGGAUGGGAUGAUAAAGAUGAUCAAGAGGGAGAAGAAGAAGGAAUAUCAGAGAAGGAACUUCGCAAAAUCCAGGAGAAGAACGCAGCGGCGAGAGCUAAACGACAAGACCAACAUGCCAAACGGAACGCUGAGAGAGAGAAGAAACGCGAUGAAAUACGCGCUAAAUAUGGACUGAAAGAGGGCCAAGCAAAGAGCAAUGGCAGCGGCAGUUCCAGCAGCAGCAGAAAAACAAGCUUUGAUGAUAUCGACACCGAAACAACGAAGGAGAAACAAUGCCUCGUGAUGUAAAGUUGAACAGUUGAGCAAAAUGUAUUUUUGAAUUUGUGACGCAGUUGUGGUAAAUGCAUUUAUCUACGCCCGAAAAUUGAAUUCUGUUCUUUUUUUUCACUCCAAAAUAAGAAGGUGAAAUGAAACAAGUAUCGUUCAACUAUUAUAAAUUCAUUCGGGAACUGUAUUCUAUUUUUGUGUGAAAUAUAGUAUCCACGGUCCUCAGCCUUGUCAAGCCUAAAUAUUGAAAACUUGAUAUUAUCUCAGUUAUUUUUGUAUGUAGCUUAAGAACAAGAAAUUAUAUGCAUGCUUGGAUUUAUAGUACUUUGAGUAGGCAUAAAUGUACAAACAGCACUGUUCAUGACUUAUGUGUAGACUAUAAAAGUUGCCCAGUUUUGGGCCAAUAUCAGUUUCAAUUUAUGGUUGUUUCGAUUCUGAGUCAAUUCAAAACAUAGACCAAGUCGAUUCAAUACUCGUGGAAAUUUGAUUUGAUGCCACUUCAGAUGCAGUAUUUGUAAUUUGGUCAAUGUUGAUGAUAAGAAACUGGACUACUUGAAUGGAAACUGAGCGACUCAUUCCUAAGCAUUACAUUAAGCCUUUAACUCCCUUCUCAAAUUUGUAAUUCUCCUUACUAUCAACCAUACCAUUCCUAUAAUGUUAGUUCAGCGAACUUAGUAUUGGAUCAACUGAUUAUCCCCAAAAUGAUAUUUUUCUUUAUUCUCA